AUGGCUUCGGUGGCGCCCCCGAUGCAUGCAGCAGCAACAGUCUCAACAACUGUUAAAAUAAAACCGACAAACCCGCCCCCGUUCAACCCCUGCGACAAAACCGUUACGGUGUCUGCGUGGCUGUUCGGCGUAGAGGUGUUUUUUAAUGCUGCGCAAAUUGCUGACGACGCCAACCGCAUUAAUUUUGCAGUGUCACUGUUACGAGGACCGGCGUUGGAGUGGUGGAGGCGGACUCUUCAGACAGAGGGGACUCCGGCAGGACUGUCACGUGCGAAUGACGGGACCUGGACAACUGUCACGCAAGGAGCAACUUCAAUCUUCGGAGUGGCCACGAUACGCACAUGGACGGAGUGGGGCGCCGCGCUGCGGACCAGAUUCGAGCAUGUAUCCGCCUCGGAUUCUGCCCGCAUGAAGCUGCGUACCUGGAAGCAGGUGGCGUCGGUCCAAGAUUACACGGCAACAUUCUGCAAUUUGGCUGACCAGGUGGACGACAUGAGCGAUGCGGAGCGACUCGACCGUUACGUCGCAGGCCUCAAGUACGAAGUACAGUACGAGGUGCGACGGGCGAGGCCACGCGAUUUCCUCGAUGCCGUCCAGGUGGCCGAAUCUACGGAUGCGCUGAUGCAAUGGGCGAGAAUGAGUUCCCGGGAGGGCACUCAAUUUCGUGGACCGCCGCGCCAGCCCACAAUCAACGGUGUGGAGGCGCCUAGACGUGGACCUAACACGUGCUUCAACUGCCACCAACCGGGCCACUGGAGGAAGGACUGCCCGCAGCUGAAACAGGGAAACAGGAACGACGGAGAGGGGUCGGGAAAAGAGACGAGUCAUCUCGUCAACCUGGCAACGGCCAAAAAAAUUGGAGUCAAGCUGGACAGGUGUCUGCCCGAGAUUGACGCGCGACUGGUGGACGGGACACCGCUGGCGAUCAAGGACGAGGUCCGACAAAUUCGGAUGAAGUGUGGCGACGAUUUCGGGUUUUCGACGCGGAUGCUGGCGACAACACUGGACGGUUGCGAUGUGCCGCUGGGACGAGAUUGGCUACAGCGAUUCAAUCCGACGAUCGACUGGACGACGGGGGCGAUCACGGUGCUGAGCAACAAGGGGCGCGUGACACUUCCGAAAUGGGCGGAGCCGGAGCCGAUGACAACACGUGUCAACGCAAUCACGCUGAAGCGGGCGAUCAAACGGGGAGCGCAAGGCUACGCCGUACAGCUGUACGAGGUGGUGGCGUCCGAGAAAAUCGCCGACAUUGACACGCUCUGCGCUGCUGUACCCGACGACGUGGCGAGCAUAAUUCGGAGGUAUCCCGAAAUUUUCGCGGAUGACCUGCCUGACGGGCUGCCACCUCAGCGUCCGGAGGACCACAGGAUCGAGCUGGAGCCAGGCGCAAAACCAACUGUUCGGUCACAGUGGCGGCUCAGCCAACCGGAGCUCGACGAGUUGCGGAAACAGCUGGAUUAUCUGCUGUCGAAAGGUUUUAUCCGGCCGAGCACGUCACCUUACGCCGCCCCGAUACUGUUCACGCCGAAGAAAGACGGAGGCCUGCGCAUGUGCAUCGACUAUCGAGCGCUGAAUCGGAUCACCAUCAAGUCGCGUUACCCGAUUCCGCGAGCGGACGACCUGCUGGAUCAGCUUCGCGGGGCUCGCUUCUUCUCGAAAAUCGAUUUGCGAGGUGGCUACCAUCAGAUUCGCGUGUUCGCCGACGACUGCCCGAAGACCGCUUUUCGCACCCGCUACGGCAGUUACGAAUAUACAGUGAUGCCGUUCGGCCUAACGAACGCACCCUCGACUUUCCAGCUCACCAUGAAUGGGGUGUUUCGGGACAUGUUGGACAAGAAGGUGAUAGUUUACCUGGACGACAUCCUGGUGUACAGCAAGACUCGGGAGCAGCAUUUACGGGAUUUAGAAGAGGUGUACCGGCGCUUGCAGCAGAACCGACUGAUCACUAAGGGCUCUAAGUGUGAGUUCUUACAGCCGGAGCUGGAGUUCCUGGGGCACGUAGUUUCAGGGGAGGGUAUUAAAAUUGACCCUCGUAAAAUAAAAGCGAUUUCGGAGUGGAAGCCGCCCACGAACAUCACGGAGCUGCAGAGCUUCCUCGGUUUCAUCCAUCUCGACCGUUCGAAGCCGGUUGUGACGGACGCCAGCGAUUUCGCCGUCGGCGCUGUGCUACUACAGGAUUUCGGCAACGGACUGCAACCCAUCGCGUACGAGUCAAGGAAAAUGCAGCCGCCCGAGCGCAACUACCCCGUGCACGACAAAGAAAUGCUCGCCAUCGUGCAUGCGUUUCGUACCUGGCGCUGUUAUCUCACGGGGGCUGACGUCACCGUCCGAACCGACCACAAGUUAUUACAGUACAUGCGCAGCCAACCACAGCUCAACCCGCGACAAAUUCGGUGGCUCGAUUACCUCGAGUCCAACUUCAGCUACACCAUUACCUACAAGAAGGGCGCCAACAACAUCGCCGACGCCCUGACCCGCCCAUCAAUGCAAACAGCAGCAGUACUAAUCGCCCAUUCUAACCCUUUAUUGGCAGGAUUGUUUAAACACGGCUACAGAACUGACAGGUUCUUCAGGACCAAUCUACACCAACGGGUCACUACGGCGCAUGGGAGCUAUUACCUAAAAGCCGGUACCAACCGCGUUUGGGUACCUUCCGACCGACCCCUCAGAGUAUUGCUGACGCAGGAGGUCCACGACUCCAACCUCUCCGGCCGUUUCGGCAUUGACAAAAUGUUGAAGCUGCUGCAGCGGAAUUAUUUCUGGCCCGACAUGGCGUCAGACGUGCAGCGCUACGUGUCCGCCUGCCCGACCUGCCAAGCAAUGAAAUCAUCACGCCAACGCCCAGCCGGAUUGCUGCAGCCCCUCGAGCCACCCGAACGACCGUGGCAACAAGUGACGAUGGACUUCGUCACAGGACUGCCAGCUGGCGCAAGUGGCAACGAUUCCGUGCUCGUGGUCGUCGAUCGCUUAACGAAAAUGGCGCAUUUCGCACCAUGCCGCACGACGAUCACAGCCGAAGAAACAGCGAAGCUCUUCAUCUCGACCGUCGUGCGACUGCACGGGUUACCGUCGGCGAUCAUCAGCGACCGCGACCCGAAAUUCACGUCGAAGUUCUGGCAGGAGACGUGGGCACAGUACGGCACCCGCCUGCAGUUUUCGUCGUCAUACCACCCGCAAACCGACGGACAGACAGAAAGGACAAACCAGACGAUGGAGCAGUUGAUCCGUACAAACUGCCCCGACAUCACCAAGUGGGAAGAUUCGCUUCCCAUGCUCGAGUUCGCGUACAACAAUGCCCCAUCUGCGACGACCAAUCAGUCACCGUUCUACCUCAAUUACGGGAUAGACCCGGUGGUACCCUCGUCAACGACUCCUGAAAAUCCGGUACCAAGGUCGCAGCAGUUCGUUUCGGAACUUCAGGCGGCACGCAACAAAGCAGCGGAAUUUAUCCGGAAGGCUAAUACGGCCGCCAGCCGCUACGCUGACCUACAUCGACGGAAUUUACCCUUCCGUGACGGGCAGAUGGUCCUUCUGGACACGAAGAACCUCAAACUGCCCCAGCCCGCAAAAUUGCGUCCCCGCUACGUGGGACCUUUCCGCAUCAUUCGGAUGCUGACACCGGUCACGGCGAAACUUCUCCUACCGGACGACUGGAAGAUCCACGACGCUUUCCACGCCAGUCUCCUUCGCCACUACGUUGCUCCGCAGCCGUCCGACGUCGCUCGGUCCAACCUGGCGCCAAGUGUCCGACCUGUGGCAGAUCCGACACUUCAACCUUGGAAGAUUUUGAAUCAUCGCAUUCGUGCGACCCCCGCUGGACGCCACGUCGACUUCCUACUCCGCUGGGUGGAUCGCACAAGCGAAGAUGACACGUGGGUCCCUGCUGACUCACUCCAAGGGCACUCGGUCCUUCGGGAGUAUCUUUCCCGCCGACGCGUGCCUGAUAUUGACCACCUUUCUUAA